AUGGGAGCACGCAAGAAGCAAAAUUUGAGAGUGCAUGUUGUUUACUCCAAAUGUAACGAAGCUAUUAAAGAAAUCCUUGUAUCGGGGCUUAAUGUACCAGAGAAAAAGGGACUUUUAAAAGACUUGUACGAAACAUAUUCUACAAUCAUUGAACAAAAGAAUAGGCCGGUCAUUUCUAGGCGUACUCGUUUAUUCUUGGAGAAAGUGUUUACUAAGAAACAAUGGUUAACAAAAGAAGAAAGACAAUUAAUUGCAAGAAAAUGUGGGAUCAGUCCGUUGCAAGUAAGAAUAUGGUUUAUAAACAAACGUGCUAGAUCGAAAUAA